GUUUUGCCCGCGAAAUUAAUUUUUGCUUUGCCUACGACUUCUCUCAGCUGCAUCCAUAUUUCCUUCCCAAUGAACUGAAGCAAUUUGGUCGUUGAUUUGUGCCAGAAAUCGGGGCAUUUUGUUACAGAAACAGGGGACAUUGCGUCGCUGAUUUCUCUCGACUUCUCUUCGUCGUGACAUUGCAUGAGGUACCCAAUACGGGGGUUAACUUAGGAAGCAAAGAAGAAGGCAAAAUCUUGUUCGAUUCGAAGAGAUGACAAACAAAGGGAAAGGAAUUUUAGAAGAGAUGGAGGAUGAUAGCUUGUUAGUAUCAAAUAACAAGAAUAUGUUGGAAAGUGUUAACUUAGUGAAUGAUGGAACUGCAAGAUUAGAUGGUAUGAUUGUGCCCGAGGUAGAUAUGAAGUUCAGUGAUGAAAAAGAAAUGUUCAAUUUUUACAAAAGAUAUGUGUACAAAGUGGGCUUCCCGGUUAGGAAACGAAACUCACAAAAGGAUGAUGACGGAAUUGUGAGAUAUGUUGUGAUUACAUGUAGCUGUGAAGGGCAAAGGAAUAGUACCACAAGCAGUUUUAUGUAGCUGCAAGCUACCAUUCAGACAGAUUGUAAAGUAGGCUGACUGCAUCUGCAGAUGCAUGUGGAGUAUGGAAAAUUAAUACAGUCAAUCUCAUUCACAAUCAUAAAACCAGCCCUUCAAAGUCCAAGUUGUAUUGUUGCAACCGAGAAUUGAGUGCCUAUGUCAAACGAUGGCUUGAAGUGAAUGAUAUGGCAGGGAUUCCAUUGCAUAAAAGUUAUAACUCCGCGGUUGUAGAAGCAGAGGAAUAUGAGAAUAUGACUUGCAUCGAAAAGAAUUGUCAAAAUUAUGUUGAACAGGUGAGGCGGUUAAGACUUGGAGAAGGAGAUGCAGCAGCAAUACAGGUUUACUUUUCAAACAUGCAAGCAAGGUGCUCAGGUUUUUUCUUUAGUAUGGAUUUAAACGAAGAGUCCUGGUUGAGGAAUAUCUUUUGGGCAGAUAAUAGGAGUAGGUAAGCAUACAAGGAGUUUGGGGAUGUGGUGACGUUCGAUACCACGUACCUAACUAAUAAGUAUGACAUGCCAUUUGCGCUGUUUGUUGGAGUUAAUCAUCAUGGGCAAUCAACACUCCUUGAUUGUGGUUUGUUGUCAAACGAAAAUACAGAAAUAUUUGUAUGGCUUUUCAAAACUUGGCUGUAGUGCAUGCAUGGACAAGUAUUCCUUGAAAUUAUUACCGAUCAGGACAGGGCCAUACAAAAUGCAAUUCAGAUCGUGUUCCCAAACACAAAACAUAGAUGGUGCUUGUGGCAUAUAUUGAAGAAGUUGUCAGAGAAGUUUGGCUACCACAUCGAUAAGGGUGAAAUAUUUUCUACUAUACAUGUACUGGGGUAUGAUACUGAAAAUGUUGAAGACUUUGAAGAAGGUUGGAGUACGAUGGUAGAGGAGUAUAACUUGCAUGACAAUGACUGGUUGUCUAGACUGUACUCUAACAGAGACUGUUAGGUACCUUGCUAUUUGAAAAAAAGUUUUGGGGCUAGAAUGUCAACCACUCAGCGCAGUGAGAGCAUGAAUGCAUUCUUUGACGGGUACGUGCCCUCUAAGAUAUCGCUGAAGCAAUUCGUCAAACAAUACGAACGAGCUUUGAGGAAUAAGGUAGAGAAAGAGUUUCAGGCAGAUAUCAAAUCUUACUCGCAAAUGGUUCCAUGCGUAACGAAAUACGAGCUAGAGAAGCAGUUUCAGCUAGUUUACACAAUUUCAAAGUUUAGGGAAGUUCAGGUUGAGUUCAUUGGGAAGAUCUAUUGCGAUCUCAUAUCUUCGUCAGAGGGCUUUUCAAGGACGAUGUAUGAGGUAUUGGAGGAUGUCAUACUUGACAAUCGAGUGAAGAAAAAGAAGUUUUCUGUCACAUUUCAAAAAGAGAAAUGUGAAAUUGUAUGUAGUUGUCAUCUUUUCGAGUAUCGAGGAAUAAUUUGCCGGCAUGCAAUCACUGUACUUCUCCGUAAUAACGUCACUUCACUGCCCGAUACCUACAUAUUACGGAGAUGGAGGAGAGAUGUUAGUAGAGCGCUCACCAGGGUUGCAGCAAAAUACGCCGAUUUGAGUAGUAGUCCAACCCAGUUGAGAUAUGAUAAAUUGUGUCGGUCAUUUACUUUGCUUGCCUGCAAGGUUGUAGGGGAUGAUAAGCAGAGUCGUCAGGUGAUGGAAUGGAUAGAAUGCAAAGAAGGAACAGUGACGACGAGGUUGAUUAGAAGAAAUAAUAACAUAUCACGGCAACCUUUUCAGACAAUGUUGGAUAAUAGAGUAUCGCAGCACUCUGGCAAGGGAAGUGUACAGGAUUCGAAAUGGUCGAACAGAAAAGGUGCACCGAAGAAACUACAGAGGAAAAGCUAUCUUGAACCGAAGUCCAAGAAAGCAACUGGCCAUAUAACUUCAAUCAAAGAUGGGAGAACUAAGGCAGGCCCAAGUCCAGUAGGAGAAGUUGAAUCGGUCCGAUACUCCAUGCAGCAACCAGUCACAUGCUCACAACGUUUGAUGGUUCUUUUCUUUCCAUCGAUUACUGAAUAUGAGUUGCACUUUUCGGUUACAUCAUGAUAUGGUGCAGGGUGCUAGCGAAAGUUAUGCAUUUACACAACAACAAAUGACUCCGAAUUUCAUCCAAAUGGGUUGAACAAAUGAUAUGUCGUACGGUGAACUUCCGUAAAGUUUUUUAAGUCAUACUUCAUUUGCAUAAUAACCUUUUCUACUUCAUAGUUGGAAAUGCAAUGCCUAAUUACAUUCCAAAUGUACCUCGCCCACAUGGACGAACUUUUGAUGUUAGACGAAGAAGAAUGAUGGACGGAUAUUCACAAGAAUAUGUCCAGCAGAAGAGUAGAUGCAUUCAGUGCAGUAACACCAUAGUUGGAGGAGUGCUUAUGGUGUGGCACCUACGGCUGGAGGAGUGCUUUUGGUGGUGCAGAAUUUCGAGCUGUUGCCUCCUCCCGGGCAGUCGAAGAUAGACAUCAGUGAGAUAGGUGGCCAAUUCAAUAUGCAUAUUUUGAAGCAUUCCACCAUUAUGCUAAAGCCACAAUCCUUUUAAAUUUUGUGUUUUGAAAAAAAUAUAAUAAUGUGUGAAUGAGUUUUGUGUUUUCUAUUAUUUUGGCCACAGUUAUAUGAAUAUUUGGAUUUUUCCAGUAACAUCCUCUCCUCCACUCUUGAUACUUGGUUUGUAGCUACACCGAAAUUUUAGUUGGCAGAAAGAAACUUUAGUUGGCAGAAAGAAACUUGC